AUGGGAGCGUACAACGCGUCGUUUCUCGCUUACGCAGCCUCGCGCAUGGCCGCCUCGCCGCUCCCGGGUGUCCGUAUGGCCUCGCCGCCGCUGCUCCCGGGUGAGCUCCCGCACGCGGUGACAUUUAUGCUCGGCGGCGGGAGUGCGGCUCUUGCUGCGGGGCGCACUGGUGGUGGUGGUGGCGGGGCAGCGGCGGCGGCGGCGGUGGCAGAGGCUGCCGCCGCCAACGCAGAGGCCAACGCCGUCCUCGCGCAGGUCCUGCUCGGCUCGGACGGCACGCCGCUAGUCUUUCCGGGUAAUCUGCACGCGCGCGAGUGGGCCGAACUUGACGAAGCCGAGACUGGCGAGAUUGUGGCCGGCGAGGUCGUCGACACCAUUGUGACGCGUGCACUGGACACGGUUUACAACUCGAUCAUCUCGGCUCAGAUCAUUCCCUUUGCCACACGGUCCAUUGCCGAGCAGGCGGCGCGAGUCGUCAACCUCAUUGACGUCCGCCGCGACGAGGGCGAACCGCAGCUUAGCGAUCUCAACGCCCUCCCGCCCGGCCCGCUGCAGAACCCACGCCAUCCCCUUGCGCUCUGGAUGCCCGACGACGAACCGCCGCCGCCGCCCAUCGACGCCUGGGCCUGUGGCGCCCUGCCGGUUGUCUCGUGGGACACGCUUCUUGAGACCUCAGUCGCCACCCGCAAGGUCACCGCCGCCAAAAAGGCCGUCCUCACAGCCCUCGCCUCGGGCGCCGGCCCGGAGACCCCGUCGCUCGGCGGUGGCGGGAGCAGUGGCGCACUCGCCACCCCGUCGGCGCCGCUCACCGCCAGCAAAGCACCUCCGAGCGCGCUGCGCUACGUCGAGGGCCCGACGUCGCCGCGCUCGGCUGAGCGCGCCCGCAAGGCCCGCGCCGUGGCGGGCGCACGGCAGGAGGAACUUGCCGCCCAGGCCGCCCGCCAGGCCGCCGCCGCUGAGCGCGCCGCCGCAUCGGGCACCGACUCGGCCACCCGCGUCUCGCGUCGGACGGCGCUUGGCUCGGCCCCGCCGCCGCGGCAUGUCCCCCCGCCGCUCGACCCGGCUGCCCGCGCCCGCAAGGAGGCCGAGGCCCGCCAAGCCGAGCGCGACGCCGAGCUCACCAACCGCCGCGCCGCCGAAGACGCUGAGCGCCUCGCCCGCGCCCGCAAGGUCGAAACCCUCCGCCACGCCCGCCGAGAGUUUACCUUUGACCACCGCGGUGAGAUUGUGCCGCUCAACAGGCCCAAAGCCAAGGCUCUUCCGCCGGCCACCAUCCAGCCGCUCUUUGCCGUCGCCGCCGCGCCGCUGCCGGUCCUCGACGACGGCGCCGCCCGCCGCACUCCGCGCGCGGCAGCGGGCUCGGCCAAGCGGCCCAAGCGGAGAAAGAAGGAGAGCGAGCCACCGCCACCCAACCCGCUCUUUGCCGUCGAGGACGCCAUGGCCACAGCCUCGUUUGAAGAGUCGGUCAAGACCGCGCCCGUCGCUACAGACGCCAUCAAGCUCGCGCCGGGCGUCGUCCUCAAGACCGGCGAGCGGACCCGCGCCGGGCCACGGAGACGAACCGAGAAGAAGAACCAGUACUCGCGCGAAGAGUACGCAAAGCUGGUGGCCCGCGGCCCCGGCGCCGCCCGCCGCGGCACGCUCCCGGCUGCUGAGCGCACCGGGCCGGGCGCGAGAGCGCAGCAGGCUCCUCCCAGCCUAGCCUCCCGCCGCGAAAGGAUGGCCAAGCAGCCGUCCGGCCUCCGCGCCCGUAGACGAUCAUCGAUUUCGCUCUCGCGCCGCGGAGCCGCAGGAGCCGGCGGGCACAAGCCGGCCCCACACGCUCCACCUGCUACAGCCAAGCGGGUCACUCUCCCGCCACUGAACACGUAG